AUGAAUCGAGAAGAACACGAAUUUGUGGAGUAUUUGAGAGAUGAGGUAAGUGAGGGAGCAAAGAACGAAAAAAAAAUAAAAUGUGGUUUUUACAGUGCAAGGAUUUAUUAACAGAUUAUUAUGAUACUGAUUAUAAUCUACUUCGAUGGGCACAAGGAUAUGGGUUAGUUGAAUUUUGACAAAAAAAAGUGCGCGCGGGGGAAAAACCGAACUCGCGUCUUGCGAUUGGCAGCCUGACACUCUACCACUGAACUAAAGUCGCUUUGUUGAAGAUGCAUCAAACGCUGGUAAUAAAGUAUUGGUAUGAGAUUCACCCCGCGAAAAAAUAAAUUUGAAUUUGAGAAAAUCUCUAAUUUCCUCCUACCCCCGCGAUGCGUGUGCGUUGCGGUCGCUUUCUCAUACAAAACCCCCGUUGGCUGUUUGCCAGCGCGCUCUCUCGCUGUCUGCGUCUCCUGCAGCAAGUGACUCUCAUUUCCAAACGGACAAUAACUAGAAUCUAGGCGAAGCCGUCACAAUUCAAAUCCCAAAAUUUCGAAAUUCUUACAGAUUCCACAAAGAAGAUGCGCUAACUGAACUUCGCCGUCAUCUCAGAUUUCGAAAAUAUUACGAUUUGGACAAUAUCCUUACAAAUGUUCCCGAUCAUCCAAUCCUCAAAAAAUAUUUUCCAAUCGGACUUGUCGGAGAAGCCGGCUUGGGAAACACUCUUCUCGUAAUCGAAUGCGCUGGUCGCAUCGAUUUGAUGGGAAUUCUGAAAUCCGUGCAUCUCUCGGAUUUCCUCAUUCAACGAUUCAAAUUUCAAGAAAAGAUGUUGGCAGCGAUGAAUGAGAUGGAAAAACGAAAUGGGACGCAGUGCUCUGUUGUUUAUAUUUUGGAUUUAGAAGGAUUGAAAUUCGAUCCAGCACUUAUCAAUAUUGCAACUGGUCCGUAUAGAAUAUUAUGGGCUUCGGUUUAUACAGCAUAUCCAGAAUGGAUUAAUACUUUAUUAAUUAUCAAUGCACCUUCGUUUAUGACGUUGAUAUGGAAAGCGAUCGGACCAUUAUUGCCGGAGAGAACUAGAAAUAAGGUUAAGAUAUGUACCGGCAACACUGAUUGGAAGUCUCAAAUUCAAAAGGUAUACCUUAACAGUUCUAGGUACCUUAAAGGUACCUUAACUUAAUCCAGAAAUUUUGAAUAAACGUUUUCAGUUUGCUCACGCUGACAACAUUCCAAAACAUUGGGGUGGAAAUCUUCUUGAUAAAAAUGGCGAUGCAAUGUGCAGAGAUCGUUUGAAUAUCCCAUUCGAUCCGAUUCCUCAAGAUCUCUAUUGGCAACCAUCGCAAGAAACACCGGCUACUCAAGAUUUGACAUGUUCGACGAUUGGAGCUGGCAAAUUUGCGUUAUUCACUUAUGUUGUUGAAAAAUCGGUUGAUGAGCCGGUUUAUGUUGUUAUUAACAGGUUCGUUCUGCAAUCAAUAAGUUUUGUUGAUAACUAGAAUAUCGAAUUAACUAUGAGAAACAAAGAAAACACGAAAAAAAAUUGAUUUUUCGAAAACAAAAAGAAAACAACGACAUUCCGCUUGCCCGCUGUUUAGCGCAAUUUGAUUUUGAGUUUUUCACAGAAAAAUAUUUUUUCCUCUAAAAAUUCAGAAGAAUUCAGUCAUCGAAAACUCAGUAUAGGGAAUUUCUCUAGAUUCUGCGAUCGAACUUUUGGAAUGGGAAUCUGGUUUAGCGAAGACGAUGACGCGAUUUCCUACGAUCUUGAAGAAAUGGAAGAACUUGCACCAGACUUUGAUUAUCCAGGAAUGCCAACCGUCGAUUACCUUCGUCUGAAAAUGCCAGGUUCAGGAGUGUAUAAAAUCAAAUGGGGAAAUGAAGAAGCGUGGCUUCGUUCGCUGACUGUUUAUCAUCGAGUCCGAUUCCAAAAUGAGAAUCGAGAAAAUAUCAAAUUUCACGAAGUAUCAAUUUAG